GCGUUGGAGUACUAGUCAAUAAUGUGUGCAAACGGCAUCAUCUGCCAACUUGAUGGUCCCUAUCCGGGACACAGGCAUGACGCUGGCAUUUUGCGCGAAAGUGGCCUCUACGGAAAGUUGGAAAAGCUUGUGCAGGGCCGCUCUUACACCAUCUACGGCGACCCAGCGUACCCAUUACGGCGGCUUCUGAUGAGGCCGUACGGAGGUGCCACCCUCACUCAACAGCAAGUGCUCUUCAACAGUGGCAUGAGUACUGUGCGACAAGCUGUUGAGUGGGGGUUCGGUAAAAUAGUAUCCGAGUUCGCAUUCCUGGACUUCAAGAAAAACCAGAAGCUGUACUUGCAGGAUGUGGGGAGAAUGUAUCGGGUGGGGGCAAUUUUUACUAACUGUCAUACAUGCCUGUACGGUAGCCAGACUGGUAUAUUCUUUGGGCUCCGUGCACCCAACUUGGGGCAAUACUUGAAACCCUCUGAUGUGUGGAGGAAUAUAAAAAUAUUUAUGUUAUGGUAA